GGAGAGUUUCUGCUUCGACUUUCUGCUUUCCUAUACAGACUCUAGAGAUUGUCUCCCGGUCCAUCUAUUGACUGUCUUUACUCUCUCCCUCGCUGCUGGUCAGUCGCUAGUCUGCUCAUCGCUCCGCAUCGUUUCACUCCAUCAUCCCCUGUUCCGCCGGUCCACCCAGGCUGACACCGCCCCCAUCUCCUCCCCGCCGCCAACUGUCCUCCCCUUCCAACUGAACUUCUCCCCUUUCUUCCCCCUCUCUAUGCCGUUGCGGUAGUUGUUUCUCUCUUGACUUUCUCUGGCCCCCCGCGAGGGUCGCCAUUCGCCAUGUCUGCCUACACCAAUUCUCAACCCUACCAGAGCCACUCGGCUUCCCAUCGACCCGUGCCCACCUACAACCCCGUUGCUGCCGUCACAGCUCCUGCGGGCACCCUGCUGCCCGGCACCAAGAUCCAGGUGGGUAGCCAUCGAGUGGUCGUGGAAAAAUACCUGUCCGAAGGUGGCUUCGCCCAUGUCUACGUCGUGCGGUUGCCCAACCCCGUCGAUGGCUCCGACAGGACCGUCCUCAAGCGCGUGGCGGUCCCUGACAAGGCCGCCCUGGCCAACAUGCGCACCGAGGUCGAGACCAUGAAACGGCUCAAGGGGCACCGCCACAUCGUCAAAUACAUCGACUCCCACGCCUCGCAGCUGCGCGGCGGUGGCUACGAGGUCUUUCUGCUGAUGGAAUACUGCUCCGGUGGGGGUCUGAUCGAUUUCAUGAACACCCGACUGCAGAAUCGCCUGACCGAGCCGGAGAUCGUCAAGAUCUUCGCGGAUGUUGCCGAGGGCGUCGCCUGUAUGCACUACCUCAAACCCCCGUUGCUGCAUCGGGACCUCAAGGUGGAGAACGUCCUGAUCUCCCGCCACGGGGGUACCACCUACUAUAAGCUCUGCGAUUUCGGGUCCGCGGCGCCCCCGCGGCCGGCUGCCACGUCGGCCGCUGAAGGUCGUCUGAUCGAGGAUGACGUUCAGCGCCACACGACGUUACAGUAUCGCAGUCCUGAGAUGAUCGACGUCUACCGCAGGCAACCCAUUGACGAGAAGAGUGAUAUCUGGGCGCUGGGGGUUCUUCUCUACAAGCUGUGCUACUACACCACCCCGUUCGAGGAGGUUGGCCAGAUGGCGAUCCUGAAUGCCAGUUACAAAUUCCCCAACUAUCCGGUGUUCUCGGAUCGUCUGCGGAUGUUGAUUUCGUGGAUGUUGAAGGAAAACCCGCAAAAACGGCCGAAUAUCUAUGAAGUCUUGCGCGAAGCUUGUCACAUGCAAGGAAGGGAGGUCCCUAUCAAAGACAUCUAUGCCCACCGCUCCAAAUCAGAGGCCCGUCGGUACCAAGAACUCCCCUCCCCGACGGACAAACCGCAGGUGGGAGCAACUUUCUCCCCGCCGGUCCAAGAAACCCAUAUCAUCCCCGAAAUCGCCCCGAUGCGGCGGGGUCGUCCCACCCGUCCCAGCGACUCGCAGCAACCCUCGGCUCAUGCCACCCCGUCUCCCUACCGUGGCUCCGCCGACCCCUUUGCGGUCUUGGACGGCGGCAACAAGUCGCGCAACUCCACCGACGAGUUCACCAACCGGUUCCCGUCGUUGGACCAGUUUGACAUCCUGCACGAGAAAGGGGACAAGUUUGAAUUUGACGCCACCGUGGCGGAAUCCAAGGACGAUGACGGACUGUCGCAGCGCCUCACCAACGCCCUGGCCGAUGACGCCUUUGCCAGGCACCCGGUCUCGGGCCGGGAAUCCGAGGCCCCGGUCCAUAGGCGCCGUCAGCCAUCCCCAGCGAAGAAGCGCCCCGAGGAGUCGCGCGAGGAACCCUCGCGGUCUGCAGUCCCCCUCUACCAACCUGUGCCGCACAAGCCCGCGAUGGUGUCGACCGGCACCAUGACUUCCCCGCCGGAGACGCCGCCUGCCCUGCCGGAGUCCCAUCCCCGCAGUCGGCCGAUCUUCCGGUUCGCCUCGUCGGACAGCCAGCGGCGACCGGCGAGCCAGCAGUGGGCUGCCGAGGAAGAGGAGGAAGAGGUGCGGCCACCCCUUCCAGCGCGAGUGCCGUCGUCGCGCCUCGAGCCCCUCCCGCGGAAGUCGGCGGAGGGGUUGUCGAAUCUCCCGGCCUCCACGCGACCGUCGUUUGAAGCGCUGCGGCCCUCGGCGCGGGAUCUCGAUGACCAUGUCGGCCGGUCCAAGUCGGCGAACAGUGGUACGUCACGGCCGGUCUCCAUGCAGGCGGGCCCCCGGCUGGAGAUGCCUCGGGCGUCGGAUAGCGCACGCUCGUCCCUGGACCGCCCGCGGUCGCCGUACGAGAUCGGGGAGCCGCGAGCGGAGACUGAGCGGGCCAACAUGUCGGACAUUGAGUACUUGCGGGCACGGGAGGAGGAGGAGUCCAAUCGCAAGCGCGAGAAGCGGCACAGCGCCAACUCCAAACACGCCAAGCGGUCCAGCCUCUCGACCCUGUCCCUCGCCAACACCAAGACGAUCUUCGCCGGACGAUUCGGCGACGCCUUCCGCCGUUUCGAGCAGACCGACGGCAAGGCGCAGUCGCCGGCGGGCGAGGAACCACCCCCGAAAUACCCGGUGACGGUGAACACCGAGGAGGUGACAACGGUGACCGCCCCGGGCGGCCCCCUCACCGACGACUACGACGAGGACGACGACGAUGACACCGACAUCUCGCCCGAGAUGCGCCGCGAGCUAGAACGCCGGCGGCUCUCGCAGGAGGAAAAGCGCGUGGCCCAAGCGGCAGCCGAAUACCGCCGGCAGGUAGCCGAAGGCGGCGCAGUCACGCGGGAUCCCUCGUCGCGCUCAUCCGCCAUCCAAAACCGCGUGCAGUCUCUCCUCAGCGAGGGCCACAAGCCCCCGCCGCCUCCCAAGACCGCCACCGGAUACGGACGGUUCACGGAGGAGUCGACCCCGGUCCCGCACCCGGCUUUGCAGGCAAAGCCCACCUCGCACCCCUCCACCGCCGCCGACCCCCGCAUCCACACCCGCAGCGCCCUCCCAUUCUACACCUCCACCUCCACCACCUCCCCCUCCUCCCACCGAGGCCCUGGCACAAGCGCAGCAGACACCAUCUCCACCCUCCCCGACCGCUGGGAAGGCCCACCCCUCCUCCCGCGGCAGGAAACCGCCACAACGCAACGCACAGGCUCCUCCGCCUCGCGCCCGCCCGCCCCGCCCAAACCCAAGAACCUGCGCUCCGACCAGCCCACCAGCCGCGACAAGGACGACGCCGUCGACAACGUCGAUGACAAUGACAACAACCCGGGCGAUAGCCCCUGGGAAGCGAAUUUUAGUCGACGAUUCCCCAGCCUGGCGGGGCUGGAGAUGGUGGAGACGGAGAUUGAGAUUCCGCGGAUGGCGAGUCUCAGGACGAAGGAGGUCUAA